GUAAUGUUCUGCCAUGUGGAUGGACCACUCUGUAAUUACCCAUUUGCAGUGGGCCUGGGGUGCAUCCACCUUUUGUCUGCUGGGACUGAUGCUGCUAAUCGGUGUCCAGUGUCCCUUCCGAUAGCAGCUUUCCAUUUUCUCCUGCAGCCCCAUGUGGGAACCACUGGGACAUGGCGAGUCUAUGGUUAACUUUCUUCCGGGAGAUGAAACAGAAAUCCAGCCCUGCUGUUUCUUUGCUGUGAGUUCCUUGGUCACAGCUUCGUCCUCUGUGAAAGAGGGAUACAAACACUUCCUGUGGCAGAUCUCCAACAUUAACUGUGUCACUCACGUUCCCCCUAGACGUGGUGGCUCUCAUCCAUAACGCUCUGUCCUCUCCUCUCCCCCAGCAGCCCUGACCCAUGGAGCGGCUCCAGUGUCCCGGGCGGCACUGUCUCUCCGGGCUGCUCUUACAGCUGCUCCUGGCUGUCUGCUUCUUCUCUUACCUGCGAGUGUCACAGGACCAUCCCACAGGGUCCCCUAGACCAGGGCCCAGUGCCACGGAUCCUGUCCCCACAGCUCCCUGUGGGUCUGCAGGGCUGGCGUCCCCCACACAGCCCACCGGGCCCCGGGCCCUGCUCAUCCUGCUGUGGACGUGGCCAUUCAACAGCCCGGUGUCUCUGUCCCGCUGCUCGGACAUACGGCCGGGCACAGCCCACUGCCACAUAACCGCCAACCGCAGCGUGUACCCCGGGGCAGACGCGGUCAUCGUACACCACCGGGAGGUCAGCUACGGGCCCAAGACAAAGCUCCCACCCUCACCUCGGCCACCAGGCCAGCGCUGGGUGUGGUUCAGCAUGGAGUCGCCCAGCCACUGCAGCCAGCUGCGGGCCCUGGAUGGCUACUUCAACCUCACCAUGUCCUACCGCAGCGACUCAGACAUCUUCACGCCCUACGGCUGGCUGGAGCCCCGGGAAGGCCACCCCACUGCCCUGCCAGUCAACCUCUCGGCCAAGACCCGGCUGGUGGCCUGGGCUGUGUCCAACUGGAAAGAGAACUCAGCCAGGGUGCGGUACUACAACCAGCUGCGGGCGCACCUCCGGGUGGACGUGUACGGCUCGCGCCACCUGCCGCUGCCCCACAAGGCCAUGCAGGAGCACCUGGCCCGGUACAAGUUCUACCUGGCCUUUGAGAACUCGCAGCACCCCGACUACAUCACGGAGAAGCUCUGGAAGAACGCACUGCAGGCGCCCGCUGUGCCCGUGGUCCUGGGCCCCAGCCGGAGCAACUAUGAGCGCUUCCUGCCGCCCGACGCCUUCAUCCACGUCGACGACUUCCCGAGCCCCCAGGCCCUGGCGCAGCACCUGCUGGCACUGGACAAGGACGAUGCCCGCUACCUGAGCUACUUCCGCUGGCGGGAGACGCUACGGGUGGGCACCAGUAGCUGGGCCCUGGCUUUCUGCAAGGCCUGCUGGCGGCUGCAGGAGGGGCCCAGGUACCAGACGGUGGGCAGCAUUGCUGCCUGGUUCACAUGAUGCAGCCAGCCUGGCCUCCCCGGGGAACUCACCUGUGGAGACUCACCUGGGUGGGCCACACCUGAGGGGGGAUGCACCUCCCAGUGUACUUACCUGCAGGGAGUCUCAACACUGGGGGACUCACUUAACUGCGGGGUCUCACCUGUCUGGGGUCCCAUCUGCCCUGGUCUCACCUGCUGCGGGAAUCACCUGUGGGGUUUCACCAAUCUGGGGUCUCAGUGCCUGGGGACUCAACUGUUGGGAUCUCACCUGUCUUGCGUCUCACCUGCUGAGGACUUACCUGCUGGACUCACCUUCCUAGGCUUCACCUUCGGGAGUCUCACUUAUUUGGGGUCUCAUUUUCCUGGGUCCAACCUGCAGGGCCCUCACUUGUCUGGGAUCUCACCUUUGCAGGACUCACCUGCUGGCAAUGUGGCUCCUGGGGAUUCACCCACCUGGGUCUCACCUGCUGGGGAAUUACCUGUGUGGCUCUCACCUCCCUGGGGCCUCACCUUCAGGGCACUUUGCAGACAUCCCCAUACCUAGGACCAUGAUGGCAAAGCUAUGACACACAUGCCACAGCGUGCACACAGAGUCCUCUCUGUGAUGGCAUCGUGAGUUGUUUUUUCUAAACCAAAACCUUGGUAUUCGGGUUUAAUGGUAGUGUUGGCACUUUGUGAUAAAUACAUGGGUUUUGGGGUGCAGUUUGGCCACUUGGUCUCUAAGAGUUCGCCAGCACUGGUCUAGGAUGUCACCUGCUGCUCAACUCUGCUCCAGAACCGGCACCCUGGGACCUCACCUGCCAGCGGCCUCACCUGCUGGGGGACACAUUGCCUACUGGUUGUUACCCUACAUGAGCCUCCCUGCCCUGCGGGGGACCUUGGCUGUGGUAGCCAGGCUGCGGGGACCUCAUCCCAUCUGACCUACCAGGGACGGCUCCUCCAGCUUCUGACAGCCCUGCCAUGGUUUCCUGCCAGUGGGCCAUGCAGACAGGCCCUCCUGUCCCUAUUUUCCACAUGGGUGUGACAAAAGGAAAACCGAUGUGUCCUCUCCUUGUUCCAGAGUAGCAGCUCUCACCACAGGUUGCUUUUGGCCAGAACCAGGGACACUGGGUGACAUCCAGAGAUAUUUCUGAUUUUCACAUCUGGAGGAAUGAUGUCAUCUAGUACAGGGUUGAUUCCUGUCCGUGGCCUCUUAAGAACCAGGCCACACACCAGAAGGUGAGUGGCAGACCAGUGACCAAAGCUCCCUCUGUAUUUCCAGCCACUCCCCGCCACUCCCUGCCACUUCAGCCACUCCCUGAGCUCUGCCUCCUGUCAGAUCAGCAGGACAUUAGGUUCUCAGAGGAGCACAAAGCCACUGCGAACUGUGCAUGUGUGGGAAUGAGGUUGAGUGAGCCUUAUGAGAGUCUAAUGCCUGAUGAUCUGAGGUGGAGCUGAGGUGGUGAUGCCAGCCCUGGGGAGCGGCUGCAAAUACAGUUUAACAUUAGCAGAGGUGUGACUACACAGAGGCCAUAAAUCAAUUGCUCGCAGACUCAUAAGAGAACCUUAUCAGUGAGUGGCAAGUGACAUUGAGCUGUGUCUGGUGGCAGGCUUUGUAGUGGCAAGUGAGUUGAUGUAAUUCAAUGGUACAGCUUCAUCCAGGGGCAGGCUUUAAGUCAGAAUCUGACACUUAGUUUAGUCUGCAUGUGGCCCUCUCAUUAUUUUAUUGACCAUUUCCACCUGCACUUCUUUUUUGGACCGAGAACUUGUUUUAGUCACAGUUUUGGUGAGCCUACAAGCUAACCCUAGCCAAAAUGAGUUAAAAAUAAAUGUCACUGGAGAGCCUCUUUGAAUACAGGGAAAGACCCAACGAUGGGCCCGCAAAAGACUCUAAGAUUGGCGAUGAAAAGAAAGCUGCAAUUAAAAGAAACAAACACCAAGAGCCCUCUUUAAAGUACUAGCUGAUGCCAGGAUGAGAUUUACAUUCUCCAAGCCACUUUGUGCAAUAUGUGGUGACCAGCUAUCCAGCAAAGCCAGGACACCUUCAAAACUGCUUUGCCACUUGGCAACCAAGGACCUUGCAUUAAAAGAUAAGUCUCUGGAGUUUUUGAAAAGAAAAAAAUGAAGGACAGAAGCAGUUAUGGAAGCAGUUAUGGAAGCCCACUUCAUCCAGUGUCUGCAUGGGAGCCUCAUUCUUAGCUGCUCCCGGAAUGGCUAAAGCUAAGGAGCCCUUUAGCACUGGUGAGGAGCUGACCCCGGCUGCUGCUGAAGUCAUCUGUUGUAAAAUUUUAGGAGAGGCUCCAGUUCAAAAAGUGCAGGUGUUCCUGUUUCAGCUAGCACCGUAACUGGAGGAAUUGAUGAAAUAGCAGAGGAUAAUGAAGCACAAAUGUUAGGAUUAAUAAGUCUCUCCAGUAACACAGCCUAGGUUGAUGAGUCUAUGGUGUUGACCAUAAGGACUGUUUUUGUGUGCUACAUUUUCAGAAGGAUGUGCAUGAAGAUAUGUUUUGUGUACUUUGUUAUUGUUGUUGCUUCGUACCAGGGAUUGAACUCGGGACCUUGUGCUUGCACGGCAGGUGCUGUGCCUCUGAACUAAAUCUCCUGCCCCUGUUAUGGGAACUUUGGUUGCCAACCAGCACCAACUGUGGAACUGUUCAAGUUUUUGAAGGAUUACCUAUCAGCGAAGCUGGGUCGGUCAUUUUGUGUCAUUAUGUGCCUGCAGGGAGCAGCUACCAUGACUGAAUGGCUUUCUGGUAUCCCUUCUCAGGUCAAACAAGUUGCUUCUGAAUGUGAGUCUAUGUAAUGUGUCAUCCACCGCAAAAGGCGGGCUAGCUGAAAAAUGUCAACUGAACUCAGCAAUGUUUUGCAUGACCUGAUUUAAAUUACUGUGAUUGUUGAUUAUGAUAUGUCAACUUCACUUGAAUAAGAACUGCCUAGCAGGUUAGUAGGCUCUGGGUGUGUCUGUGGAUGCGCCACAUGUAGACUGGCAAACUAAGGGGGACAACCUAUCCCAAAUGUGGCUGGAGCCAAACAAUAGGCUUGUGGCUUGCACAGUGUAAAAAAGGAAAGAAGGAAGUUUUUCUCUUUCUUGGAAGAGCCCCGGUCUUCACCAUUUCCUUUGGAUAUUGCUCUCCAGUUUUUUGUUUUUUGUUUUUCACUCUUCCAGUGCCGACUCUUCAGUCUUCCAAUACAGACACAUCAGUGACUCUACAGUGAGCUUCCAGGCAUUCGACCUUCAACUGCUACUGUGUCCUCGAGGUCUCCAGUGUGCAGGUGGCCAUUUUUCAUUCAUUUCUGAUCCCGCAUCAUCCUGCAUUGGGGCUCUCCUGAUCCUGUCAGCCUCCCUAAUAAAUUCCUUUGUAUAUUACACCUAGAUUUUAUAUUGAUUCUGUUCCUCCAGAGAAACUCAACCAAUAAUAUGAUCAACCAACC